UUAGAGGUUAUUUCCUCCUGCAUUUUAGGCUUUAUAUCUCUUGUCUAUGAUCCUACUCUCUGCACCGUCCAUCAGGUCUGUGGUCUGCUGAUCAAUUUUAACGUUUUGUGCUGAAUUUUUGACAGAAAUCUACUGAACCAAAUUCACAAUGGGUAAUGAAAGCUCGCUGCCCGUGGAACUAUGUUCGACCUUUGAUGUUGAUGAAAUUAGAAGACUGGGAAAACGGUUUCGAAAGUUAGAUCUGGAUAACAGCGGUGCUUUAAGCAUCGAUGAGUUUAUGUCAUUGCCGGAGCUACAACAAAAUCCUUUGGUUCAACGUGUAAUAGAUAUAUUUGACGCCGAUGGUAACGGAGAAGUGGAUUUUAAAGAGUUUAUUCACGGUGUUUCGCAAUUCAGCGUUAAGGGUGAUAAAGAGAGCAAAUUAAGAUUUGCUUUUAGAAUUUACGAUAUGGAUAACGACGGCUUUAUAAGCAACGGAGAGUUGUUUCAAGUAUUGAAAAUGAUGGUAGGCAAUAAUUUGAAAGACACGCAACUUCAACAGAUCGUUGAUAAAACAAUAUUGUUCGCGGAUAAAGACGAAGAUGGCAAAAUUAGUUUCGUGGAAUUCUGUUCCGUUGUUGGUAAUACAGAUAUUCAUAAGAAGAUGGUGGUUGAUGUUUAAAUAAUUGAAGUCUGUAAAAACUAUUCAAUACCAAUAUAUGGUAAUAUUAAUUUGAAUUUAUAAAUUCCUUACUAACAAAGAGAUUUAUUGGAUAAUUAUAAAUAACUAAACUUUCUGUGUAGGGUGAUAUCAUGAUUGUUAAUAUGCCUUCGAUCAAGCCAAUUUACACAUAAGCUUGUCAGUUAAAAUUUUUUUAUAGUAUAACAUAUAUUAGAGUUUAUUGACCACCAACUUUAUAAAAUUGUGCACGUCCGCUAACUGCUGUACAAUUUUAAUGUUACAUACGUGCAUCUUCCGUUAUACUAAAUAUUUAUUUUUAGCCGAUGUUAUAAUUAAUGUUAUAAUUUUAUUAUUAUUUUUUAAUUUAUAAUUUUGUUUAAUUAAUGUAAAAAAACAAUUUGUAAAGUUGUUUCAAAUUAACUCUGGGAAUACAGUUUGACGCAUGUAAGUUAUACGAAAGGAUAUAUUUUCUAAUUGCGUUCGAUUCAAUUAGAAUUCAAUGUACAUCUCUCGAUCAAUACCGUAUAACGUGUUCCAAUAAUUUGCAAUAUGUAUAGUAAAAAAAAAAAGUUACAUUUUUCUCAAACUGUGUUUCUUUAGUUUUGCAAUGAAAUACCAUUAGAAUUAGAAUCGCAGGAACAUUCUAUUUAUAUUGUAUCAUGAAAUUUAUUGUGUUAGAUGCUAAAUAAUGAAUCUCUAUGAAACUUC